GCACUGCCCAGUGGGUAUAUGUAAGCCCAGAUCGCCACCCGGACCUCCUCGAGACCGCGGCCGCACGCCUCCGCCCGAAGCCGCCGCCAGCCGACGACUACGAGCGGCGGCGGCGCCUCGGCUCCCCUGAUCUCCCCCACCGGAAUGGACGGCCAGGCUCCACCUCUUCUCGACGCCGUCGUGCCCGAGCCCCUUGCAGCCGGCGACGAGCUCCACCCGCCGCGUCCUGUCGAGGUGGAGGACGCCCUGCACUCCGGUAUGGACGGCCAGGCUCCACAUCUCGACGGCGUCGCGCGGGAUCCCCUUACCGUGUCCGACGAGCCGCAGCCCACGGUCGAGGUGGCGGAGGAGCACGCCAUACCCGUCGCGCACGACAUCGCCAAGGGCGAGGUGGUGGAGGAGGACGCCCUACCAGUCGCGUCCGACAUCGUCAAGGGCGAGGUGGUGGAGGAGGACGCCCUACCCGUCGCGACCGACAUCAUCAACGACGCCUCUUCGGAGGUUCCCGAGGCUGGCAGUGGUGGCGUCGUGCUCACGGACGAGCUCCGCGACCGCAUCGUCAAGCAGGUCGAGUACUAUUUCAGCGAUGAGAAUCUUCCUACAGACGAGUUCAUGUUGAAAUAUGUGAAGAAGAACAAGAAGGGCUUUGUUCCUAUUGAGACUAUCGCAUCAUUUAGAAGAAUGAAGAAACUUGUUCAAGACCUGUCAGUAAUUGAAGCUGCACUCAGGACAUCACCAAAGCUGGUUGUAAGUUCAGAUGGGAAACGGGUCAGGAGGUUACAUCCGCUGCCACACAAUGAAUUGAAAGAUUCAAAGAAAAGCACUGUUUUGGUUGAAAAUCUACCUCCAGAUUUCUCCAUGGAGAGUAUUCAGGAAAAAUUCAGUACAGUGGGCAAAGUUGUGAAAGUAACAAUUAAUGAUCCAGAAUUAGUGAAAGAAUCUUCAACUGCUAAGAAGCCUGACUUCAAUUUAAGUAGUAAGGUUCAUGUACUUGUUGAGUAUGAAGCAGUGGAGGCUGCUGAGAAGGCUGUUACUGUCCUAAGUGAUGAGAGCAACUGGAGAACUGGGAUGAAAGUCAGGCUUCUGUCUAAACAAAGCGUAAUGGGAUCAGGAAAGUAUAACAAACCUUCAAAAGAAAAUCAGGAUGCAGUUUCCAAAAAGAUUGAUCAGAAUCAACAUUCAAAAGAAGACCAGCGUAUAACCUCAGAAAAGAUCUCCAAUGCUGAUGCAGUGGGGAGUGCCAAGGACAAAGAGAAUUUGAAAUCUGUUUUUACCACUGAGACUGAGCACCAUGACCAGAAGCCAAAUUCUAGAGGACGAAAAGGACGGUACAAAGGUCAAGGUCAGAUGCAGCAAAAUACAAACAAACAAGAUGCUGAACACUGCCACUCUAUUGCUAGUCGCUUGGCCGGAGGGGAGGAUGACAAGGAGGAAGUUCUGGUUCUGAGUCAUUAAACAAGCCUAUUCCUGGACCAAGAAUGCCAGAUGGAACAAGGGGCUUUACACUGGGACGUGGUAAAUCUCUACCACUACAGAAGUCUGAUAAGGCUGAAGAGUAGAGCUACCAAAAAAGGCCUGGUAAAGAACCUUAUCCAAAGAAGCUGGGUAAAAUCUAACAGAACACCUUUUUUUUAAAAAAAAUUAAAGAGCAUCCAAGCUGUUCUGCAUGUAAUGGAACACAGAAGAAUGGGAACCUGGGAAUGACUUGUUCUCUGCAUGGGAUGGAACACGGAAGAAAGGGAAUCUGGAAAUGGCUUGUACAGUAACGCAAUUUUGUGUGGGAUAGUUCUGAGUUCACUCGUUUGGAACGCAGUAGAACCAUUGCAUAUUUUCCUGACUUGCAUUAUCUCAUAUAUCAUGCAGCAU